UAGUCGUUUCAUAGGCGACAGUUGCAGGCGAACGCGUGUAUAAAUGUGAGCACAUACUGUUAAGAUGAGUAGUUAAGGUCUCAACUUUUAAGCAGCCUUGUUUCCGUGUACGUCAUAUCCCACGUUAAGGCACCGAUUGGUGGAGAAUGAAGUUAGGUUCAUAGACUUUACAUGGUAAGCAGCGGACACGAACCAUGAUUGAAAUAUCUGACAGCGACAGUGAUGGGGAGACAAGGACGAAACGGUCAAACCCACCUCCGAAACGACGACGUAUUACUGACCCUUCAUCCAUCUCAGCCGUUCCCGUUUACUCCAAUAAGGUAAACAGCUGUCUAAAACUGAAGCCACAUGUCUUCACACAAGUCGACUUCACAGGGGAUGACGAAGAAGCCCCUCUGUGGUCACCAUCUCCACCCAGAAGUAAGACCAAGCCAAUGAGUAUUACUGUGAGUGACUCAGAAGAGGAGCCAGAGCAAAAUGAACCUCAAGGGCACAUCAAAUCCCCCUCUCCACCCCCACCCCCCUGUAAUCCAUUGUUCACCCAAACUCGCCGGACAAAGAAAAAAAUAAGAGAGAUCAAUAAGAAGCUGGAUGCAAUUGGUUCUCUCAUGUGUCCAUCACCUGAAAGACCAGAGGAUAUUCCUCAAUAUAGUGAUUGUCCCUCCCCCAUAAGCAACUGUGAUGAAUCUGACGACAUCAUAAUCAUUUCCUCUGAAGAUAAACAGAAAAGGCUUCUGCGCAAACCUGAGUACAGAGAAAAUGUCCGAAAGAUUUCAUUGAAAUUUCGCUGGCGAACAGAUGUGUACAAAAUCCCAGUGCUUUCGACAGAUCCUUUGAGUAAGGCUGUGGAUCAGUUAUCUGUCAAACUUAAAGUCCAACCCUCUCAAAUACUGUUACUCAGGAAAGACACUGAGCUUCCCAUACACUCCACAGCAACUGAGUUAAAUCUUGGCAUUGCGGACAUCAUAGACUGUGUUGUAAUAAUGGAGGACAAGGAAGAGGAAAGCAACAGCCGUGAUGUCAUCACUGUGCGACUCCAGGGCAAAGAGAAAGGAUCUGCACAAGAAUAUGCCUUACAUAAGCAUGCUCCUCUGGGUUCAGUCCUGUCACAAUAUAUGGCUACUCUCCCUGUCACUGCUAAGCAAAACGUUAUAUUCCACUUUGAUGGCUCAAAGGUCACACAUAAUCAGACCCCUUCAGAACUGGAUAUGGAAGAUGGUGAUGUCAUUGAGGUCUGGGUCUGACAUCUGUAAAAAUGGUUAUUUUUGUAUAAUUUGAUACCCAAAAAUAGAAAUUGGGGGUUUUACAUGUUUUAAAAAACAUUGAUAUAUUUCUCCAGUGUAGUUUUUUUUUUUAUUUGU